UUCAAACCUGAAAUCACAAAUCCAGUAGCACCAACUUUUCUCAGCUCCAAACAAAAAACUAAAGUAAUACCGUCAAGAUGCGUAUGCUCAAUAUAAACCAAGUGGCCCCCAAUUUUACUACCAAUGCGGUGGUGGCCGGUGGCUACCGCAAUUUUGCCCUUACGGACUUGCGUGGCAGAUACGUCCUGCUGGUUUUUUAUCCGGCAGACUUUUCGUACGUCUGCCCCACGGAGUUGCAGGCAUUCAGUGAUAGAGCUCCGGAGUUCAGGAAUGUGGGCUGCGAAGUGCUGGCCUGCUCCACUGAUAGCCACUUUGUGCACUGUGCCUGGAUGAAUACUCCCAGGAAGAACGGAGGUCUGGGUGAGUUGGAUAUACCAUUGCUGGCCGACAAGAACAUGAAGAUAGCCAGGGACUAUGGAGUGCUCGACGAGGAAACAGGACUGGCUCUGCGUGCCCUCUUCAUCAUCGAUCGCGAGGGCCGCAUUCGUCAGAUCACGGUGAAUGACAUGGGAGUGGGUCGCAGUGUGGAUGAGGCACUGCGUCUGGUGCAGGCCUUCCAGUUCAGCGAUGAGUUCGGUGAGGUCUGUCCGGUCAACUGGCGUCCCGGAGCCAAGACCAUGAAGGCCGAUGCCUCCGGAAAGGAGGAGUACUUCAAGUACGCGAAUUAAAUGAAAUGCUAGCCAUUCAAUAAACGAUAGUUAUGAACAUUC